AUGGUGGGACGAAAGAAGCCGCAGGAGGAGCAGAUGCGUCCCCGUCGGCGAAAGAUUCAACUCCCGGUCGUGACGAUCCGGGUUCGCAACGUAAGAAAACAGAGGGAGUCGAUUCGACGUCGGUGGUUUCAACAGCGAAUGCUGAGGUGGCAGGUGCAGGAUGGAAUGACGAGGAACAUGCCGGGGGCUUUCACAAUCCCACCGAAGCCCAUGUGGGUUGGUUUCAGCUUCUGUUCCGCGUGCUCAAGCUGUCCGAGAUCUUUGUGCCGGUGCUCGUGCUCUGGUUCCCAUACUGGUACUUUGCACCUUGCCAGGUCCAGUACAUCGAGGACCCAGCGCAAGUCCGGAAAUUCCGCUACGACGAGAACGCUGGCACGGCAGAGAUCGUGGCAGCUCCUGGCGAAGCAGCUACAGAAACUAGUAUAG